CUGCAACUUGCAAUGUCUCAGCCAAUUGAGAUCAUUUAUCGUUCAUUGAAAUACUAGGGUACUCAGAGGAUAUUUUGGGCGGUACCUAAUGCUGGUGUUGGGUAUUUUCCAGAGACUCUGGUGCUAUUCAUCAACAGAGCCAACGAGGUUUCCGAGGUCUUUUCAUUACGUUCUUACGUUACAUUGCUUCACCGCCACAGCCUUGGUUGGAUGGUGGUGGAGUGGUAACAGGGCACUGCGCAUUGACACUCCACUUGAGAGGCUGUACUAAUAUUAAUACAGGGUGAAAUUUAGGCGCGGGUGGAGUUGUAACCUUGGUCUCGGUCUCGGCUGCAGUCAUCGAAUGACCGGAGGGACUGAUUGUGAGCCUUUUGGGCCUCACCCUCUUGUCGAUGACGCACGGAUUCUGCAGGGAGUUGGAGUCGGUGAUCCCGCCAGAGCGGUGGUAGACUUGGCUAUGUCGGAGCUAUCUAGAUGUAUACGACGUCGAGACGACUGGUGGAAUUUAUUUAAAUGUCCAGAAACCCGCGCUCAGUGGGCCGCCGAAGCUCUCGUCGAGCCUGUGGUUGUGCGAGCACCAGGCCACAACCUCAGAGUCUUGCUGACUCCCAAUCAGGUUGAAUAUGUUCUGGAGGAGUUACAGGGCUAUGCAAGCCCACGCGACGUUGAGAAUAAUUGUCAGGUUUCUUGCUUUGAGCGCAUCUGGGAGUCUCGAGAGAUACUUGACAACUCAGCGCGCGCAAGCCUCAAUUGUCAACUCUCUCACUUUCUCGAAACGCUUCCAGACAAACUGGCACGUCGCGAGGGAGACGAGCUAACGCGCCACAUUAUAGAUCCAUACCUGCAUCCUCUCAUUUACGGUCGGACGCUCGCCUACGACUCAGCUGGGGAAGGGUUUCUUCGUCCUGAGCUAGUGCCCAACAUUACAGACGCGACCACCACAGGUUUUCUCUCGCAAAAAUUCGCAUGUUUGCCUUCCGACUUCCUUAUCUCUCAGGAUGGCACAGCAAAGGCUCUCUCGUACAUAAAUAACCUCCACCCUUGCCUACUCUGUGCUCUAUCGCCACUUUGAGGAGUUGCUUUCGAAAUGCGUUCCCAUGUUCGAGCACGUCCUCACGGAUUUGCAUGCGGACAACCCAAACAGAGAACGAACCCAGGGACCCUCUUCGUCAGCGGAGUGGGAAGAGCCGGAGCCUCCAGAUUUCUCGCGCGACACCGUGGAUUACUCUGCGUUUGAGAGCAAGAAGCGGGAGCGGAUCAUGCGCCGGUUGAUUGUUCCUGAUGUCCCGAUCAC